AUGGGCGGCGGCGGGGGCGGAGGUAGCACCAUAGGCGGUGGCACCCUGGGCCACGGCACCGCGAUGAGCAGCAGCACGGUCGGCAUGGGCCCUCUCCCCGGCACCCUGAUGCAUGGAGCCUCCGGCGGCGGAGUUGGCGGCGGUAAUCCUGGCAAUGUUUACGGCAAUGGGAACAACGGAGUUGGCGGUCAGAACACCGCUCCGGGCUCCGUGAUCGACUCCCGGGCCGUGUCCGUGGUGGUCACGCUGCCUGGCGGUCCGGGUGCUCAGCAUCCGGGCCAGGCGCUCAGCGACUAUGGUCCCAUAUAGUUAAUGGUACGCCCGGACACCGCUCACUGGGUCUCGACCAGCAGUUUUAGCCAGCUGUAGCCGCUCAAGUUGGUCGACUCGCACGCCCGGCCUCUGUCUCACUCGCACUCUUAGGCUCUCACUUGCACACUCCAUCCCCAUCUCGCUCGCUCCCGCUGUCUGGGCCCGCCCCCCCCCCUUAGCAAAGGUUUUGAAGAAAUGCCAUAUUAAUUCGAGUAGCCGUAGUUUGUUUGUUGAGUGGAAAGCGCAACAGGAGGCCGUGUUUCUGUUUCCAAUUUUGAUUAAAUUUUGAGGAAAAGGAAAUCACGAAGUUACCAAUUUUCAUACCGUUUCCUUUCCGUUCUUUGGCAAUCCUCUUUGAACUUCUUUGUUUAAUAUAAGACUUCCUUCGAUUUCCUAUUCCGAUAAAAUUUCUUAUAAAUUGGAAACUGAAACAAGGUCAAAAGUAAUCAUUAUAGGUGUGGUAAAAACAACCAAUCUGCAUACAAGAUUCUAGUCCAAAGAAACCUUUGUCUUCGAAAGCAGAUGAGCACAGAUGAGCUAAGGCGUGGCGAUAGGGGUAAUACCCAGAAUAAAUACAAAAUAUACGAUCGAAUCCAGUUGAAGCGCGUUGGUUCCACCUGUCAUUAACUACUUUCCUAUCUAAAUAUUCAUAACGCCAUCUUUUCUGUUGUUACUCCCCUCCACGAACACUUUCCUCAACGAAAUAGACUGAGAAACGCAAACCAUUUAAGUAACCGCCACGUAGAGCAACCGGGGGCUGAACAGCGAGCGGAAUCUGCCCACACUGCCAAGUCAGAGCCACGAGCCAUAUUUCGAAAUUACAACUAACUUUUAAUCAAACUAACUACACUAUUAACCUUAACCUAAACGUAAACGUAAACAUUAAACAUUACGAACGCAUAAAGAAAAAUGAAAUACAAAAAAAGAGAAAUGAAACACUUCGAAUGCCCAUAGAAAGUUAGUUGCGAUUUUAGGGUUGUCGCAUUAUCAAAGAACAGGCAGUCAGUGUUGCCAGAUACCAUUUGUAAAUUAUUUAACAUAACCUAAGGCAUUAUCCAACACUAAGUUUUGUACAUAUUUUCAAAUCGCGCCUAGUUUGUAAACGUCUUUUUGUUCCCUGAAACUAAGAUCUAAAUAUAGUAACUUGCAUUUCAGCAUCAAAAGCAACUCUGCAUUUAAGCUCAAAAAUUGAAUUUAAUUUUUACAAAACCCAAAAAAAGGAAAGAUACUACCAAAACCCCUAAUCCCCCUUCACCUUAAAUAAAAAUAAAAAAAUAAAUGAGUAAAGAAAAAUUGCCAACUUUUGCAGCCGACGCAGGUCAUUUUUUUGCAUUUAUAAAACAAGCAAAAACAAAAAUUGUAUAAAGCUAAAACGUUUAUAUAAGAGUAUUAAAUUAAAUGUAACCCUAGUUGUAAACAAAAACAAAAACAAAAACAAAAAAGAAAAGGAAAACGGCAAAGUAAAGCAAAACGAAAUAUCUAUCAAGCAUUAAAAACUAUUGUAUUUAAAUUUAAUAUUUAUAUUACAUGGUAAAAGCAACAAUUUAACUGUUAGCAUUUCAAACCAUUUCACAUACGAAACAAAACAAGAACGAGGGGAUGAACUUUACAUUAUAAAUUAUAUGAUAUAGCAACAACUAUGUGUGUAAUGUUUUUAGCAACUAUAACUAUUUCUAUACACAAAACGAGAAACAUGCAAAAGCUGUAAUAAAAACCAUAUACAAAAUA